AUGUUAACAAUGUUUACAUUAACAAAUAUUAGUCUUAUGAUUUAUUUUGCUCUUGUGUCACUGAUAGGCACACUUGGCAAUGGAAUUAUUUUAUUAGCUUAUGGAAAUCGUUGGAAUUCAUCAAAAUCAACAUCAGUUAUAUUUAUACUUAUUCUUGCUUGUGUUGAUUUAUGGACAUGUCUUAUUGUUGUACCAACUAUUGCUAUAAUGGAACAUCGUGAAUUUGAAGUACCAACACCACUUUGUCGAUUUUAUUCAUUUUCAAAAAUUCUUAUUAUUAUUUCAUCAUUAAUUAUGUCAUUUAUUGCAUUGGAUAGAUUUUUAAAUAUUUUUGCUCCACAUCAUCGAUUACUCAAUCCUUGUCGUGUCAAAUUUUUGCUGACAUUAUUUAUUUUAAUUGGCAUUGGAUUGGGUAUAUUAACAGCUUUAGCAUUUUCUUCUGCACCAUAUCGAGAAUUUUAUCUUGCUAAUUAUACUUUAAUUUUACCCGAUGAACCAUAUAUAUCAAAAGUUGAUUCUUAUGAAAUAUCAAUAACACUUGCACAAAAAAAUUCAUUAACCUAUGAUUUAUAUGAUAGUAUAUAUGAACAAAUAUCUAUACCUUUUGGUGCCAAUAUAACAAAUAUUAGUUUAUCAUAUAUAUCAACUCGUGGAAGAUGUUUUGCUGAUACAUCAAUUAUAUCUGAAACAACACGAGAAAUUUUACGACAUAUAUCAAAUAAAUUUUUUUUUAUUUCAAUUGGUAUUGUCACUAUAUUGUAUACAAUAACAUUUGUACUUGCUCUACAACGACAAAAUCCUCGUAUACGUGCUUUAAAAAAAAGUUUAAAUGUAUUAAAUAAAUUCAAUGCUCAUCCAUUAAAUAAUGAUCAUCAUCAUCGUCAUCUUCAACAACAACGUAAUGAUUCAAUAAUGUCAUCAUAUUCUGUAAUGUAUUCACGAAUAAAAAAUAAACCAUUAAAUAUUGAAUCAAAAAAUUUAUCAACAGAUGAUAAUCAACAAUCUACUAUGUCAAAUUUCAUUAAUAAUGAUAUAUUUAAUGAUCAAAAUAUUUCAAAUGAACCAAAAAAUGAUUUUCAAAUAAGUACAUCAGAAACACCAUCCGAUGAUUUACAAACAUCAAUAGAAAAAUUUUCAAAUAUUAAACAAGUUUCAUUUCAAAUUGAAAAUGAUGAUGAUGAUGAAAAACAACAAUUAUCUUUUAUAACAAAUUCCAUUGAUAAUGAUUUAAAUCAAAAUACAGAAAAAUAUUAUAAACUUCCAUGUCCAUGUUCAACAACACAACAUUUAUUAAUUAAAUUUCAUUUUAUUCAACCAACAUUUGAUUUACAUCAAUGGUUUUAUUAUUGUUGUUGUUGUUUUGUAAAAAAAUCUUCGUCAACAAAUGAUCAUCAAUUAUCAAUGUUAAAUUCAAAUGAAGAUGAAGUAACAACAAUAUUUCCAUCAACAUUAUCAAAUUCUAAUUCUCAACGAUCAUUAAUAUCAAAUAGUGCUAUUUUAAAAAGACAACUUUAUCGACAUCGUUUAAAACAAAUACGUAUGGCAUCAACAUUUUUAUUAAUAACUGUUUCAUUUGUUGUUUUUUAUUUACCAUCAAUAUUAAAUGCUGAACGUUACAUAAAAAGUCCUUUAAUGAUUUAUUAUUUAUAUUUAUGUACACAUGCAUUAAAUCCAAUUAUUUAUUGUUUUAUGAAUAGAAGUUUACGUGAUUAUGUAUUGACAAUGUUUAAAUGUCGAACAAAACGCAUAGAACGUAAUUGUACAAGUGGUGCAACAACAAUUCUUGAACGAUAA